CGAGAAGAUUAAAAAAAUUAACUUGAAUUUGAUAAAUAAUGUUCAAAUUAAAAUAGAACAUGCGUUCUAAUGUUCUGCUUUAAAAUAGGAACUGCAUAAGAGUGCACAAAAUUGUCAUUUUAUAACUAAAACAAUCGUAUAGUUUUAUUGGUCUACUAUGUGUAAAAACAAACAUUGUAAAAUCUACUGCCUGCAUGUCGUACCAAUUGGGCAGAUCACUUCAUUUGUAAACAUUCUGUAAAGAGGGUCGUAAAACGAAACUGCGAAAUACAGUUGAAUAGAUUUGAUUGGGAAUACAGUAUUGAAUCAAGUCAGAAAUUCCAAGAAAUUAGGCAGAUGUUCAGAAGUAGGGUCUUAGUACUUCUCUUUAGAGGGUUACUUCUACUCUCAGCAUUUACAGCGUGUUACUCGAAGCAAUAUACACAAACGUUUGUUUCCAAUUCCAACUUCGAUAACCCUGAAAGAUGGGUCGGACACGGCGUGCCGUGUGCAGAGGACAGCAUCGUAUUUAAUGAAGACCAGGUUGUGUCUAUAUUUGUUCAGACCAACGCCAGCAUAAAAGAAUUGUAUUUUCCUUUGAACGGCGAGUUUAUAUUCGCUGAUGGAGUUGUAUGGAGUGCAGAUGAAAGCCUUUCACCAUGUGUGGGUGACGAUCACGGCGAUCAUGUUUUGACUUACAAUUCUGAUCCUUACAAUUGGUUUGACAUCGGUAACUGGCAGGGUAGCGACGAAAACGGAGACGAACUGUCAAGCAAAGAUUUAUUAGACAUUGAAAAGAUUCCGUGUGAUUUCGACACUGCAGCAUUUCCACUUAAGCAAUCAUGGAUGGUUUCGAUGCCAGAAGAUAUUAAUCUACACCGGUUAGUUAUUUGGAAUCAGGAUUUCGACAGCGCCACAUUUUCCAAUUAUCGAACAACCGGCAGAGGGCGCUACCAGUUCACAGGCAGUGGUGUAAUAUCUGCUGAGCGAGCCAUAUGCAGUGACGUAACUGGAUGUGCAUGUCGUGCGGGCGACAGUCUUCAGAGUCUAAUUUGCGGAAUGGUCACGUGUUAUGACGUCAGCUGUUCUCUUCCGAUCUCUGCAGCCGGCCAGUGUUGCCAGCUGUGUGGAGCAGUGUUGACCAUUUCUUACACACAAGCUUAUAGGGAAAGCGCAUUGCAACAGCUAAUGGUCGACUUGGACCAAAACGUUCAGUACACAGGUGUGCAUCAUAUACUCUCAAAAAUUGACUCCUACUCAAGAAAAUUGGAAAUUUCGGAGCCUUUUGUUCAGGUUUUAAUAACGGACGAAAACACGGGGACUUCUACUGGUUCUAAUGCGAAGGAUUACGCAACUGCAUUGUACAAUAAUAUACUAGCUUGUAAGACUUAG